AUGGGUCGCAAGACAAAGAAGCCAAGACCGGACAAACCGCAACAGGUACCAAACAUUGCCAAGCUCCUGCGGCAGAUACAUGGGGCACCUGAGCCCAAAAUGGCCACCUACCCAGAGACCUAUUCCGAGCUAUUGAAUGGUUUUUCUUCAGGGAAGAAGCAGCUGACUUACCUCCGGUGCAAAUACCAGCGCCGGUCACCCAGAGAGCUGAUGUUUCACCGGUGA